AUGGCUCGAACGGAGAAGAAUAAGCCAGGAAGUAAAGCUCGAGAAGCCAAGAAAAUGGCCAACGCACCGCCCAAGCAAAGUCCGGAAGAGCUCUAUGGAGCAGCACUGCAGCUCGUCGAGCAGUCUCAGCCCGAGGAAGCAUUGAAAGUCGCCAAACAGCUCUGGUCCCUGGUCCAAAAUCGCGCUGUCACAGAGGCUCUACCGGCAGUCAAUUUACUUGGAGAAAUCAGCAUCGAACUCGGCGCUGUGGACUCGGCUCGGGACUACUUCGAGCAGGCGGUGCAACUCGAUCCUGAGGGCAAAAUACCGGAGGCACUGGGCGGUGGCGCCGAGAAGUUCUUAUGGCUUGCGCAACUGUGCGACGAAGGUGGCAAGCAAAGCGUGGAGUGGUUCGAGAGAGGUGCUAAAGCCUUGCAAUUCGAAAUCACCGCCCUGGAGACCGGCCAAGUGCCAGGACUAGACGAGCAAAGCACGUUAUUGAUGAGGGUGGACAAAAAGCGCAAACUUGCCAAUGCGCUAUGUGGGAUCGUUGAGGUCUACAUGACGGAUCUCUCGUGGGAGGACGACGCAGAGGCGCGAUGUGAGAGCUUGGUCACGGAAGCCAUGGCAGUGGAGGACGAGACAAGCCCCGAGGUGUUGCAAACAUUAGCAUCAGUGCGACUGUCACAGGAGAGGAAGGAGGAUGCGCAAGCCGCCUUGAAGCGAUCUCUGGCUAUUUGGAUGGAUCUUGAGCCGGAGGACCCUGCCGUGCCAGAUUUUGCAACGAAGAUCUCGUUGUCGAGAUUGCUCAUGGAGGCGGAGCUGGAGCAUGAUGCCAUGGAGGUACUCCAUAUGCUUAUCCUGGAAGAUGACCAAAGUGUCGAGGCGUGGUAUCUCGGAGGUUGGUGCCAGCAUCUGAUCUCUGAUCGCAGUGGGAGUGAUGUUGAACCCAACGGCGACUCGGCCAUGGACACCGAAACAGGUACUGCGAAGAAGUUGGCCCCAGAGCAGGCUCAAUUGGUCCUCAAGGGUAGCCGCAGGUGGCUCAAAACCUCUCUGAAGUUGUACAAGCAGCAAGACUACGAGGAUGACAGGUUGUUCGACCAUGCAUCUGAACUCGUGGCGAAUUUGGACAAGGUUCUGGGUCCCGAGGACGCUCAGGCUGAAGGUGGAGGCGAGGCGGAUUGGGAACCGGAGUGGGAUGGAAUCGACGACGAUGAGGACGAAGGCGAGGACUCAGAUGAAGACGAGCACAUGCAAGAUUCCUGA